CUGGCACAGGCCCAUUCAAACACUUGGUUGCUUCCUGCAAGGUCCAUCCUGGCCAGAAGGGAAGUUCCCUUAAAGUACAGCGGCAUUUGCCAUGUGCUGAACGGCCCUUCUUGCAUUCUUCUCGCACCACCACCUAGCGUCCCUCAAAGUCGGCCAUGGACACACCUCCCUUCAAGCGAAAAUCCCCUUCCCUUUCUGAUGGCCCCAGGUUGCCUUCGAAGAAGAUCAAACUUCUCUCGGACGAGCCUGCUCAGUACAGCGAUGCAGUGCGCAAGAAACUCACAGCCACCUCCCGCACCGGGCAGGCUUGUGAUCGCUGCAAGGAGCGCAAGAUGAAAUGCGACACCGAUCCCUACGCCUGCGGACCCUGUCGCCAAAAGCAGUUGCGUUGCUACACCACCGAUAGAGUGACGAAGCAGCCAAGAGAAAGAGGUCAAACAGAUCGGGCAGAGAAUGAGUUGCUCUUCUUGAGGGAUCAGUUGGCUGCGUACCAGUCAAGGUACGGACCUUUACGACGGCUGGAUCACGAUGGAGGAUUCCUUGCGACACCGGCACCGAAAGAGCAGAUCCGCGGCAUUUCCUCGUCCUCGGUGCCAGAUGCGCAUUACGUUGGCUGGCCUGCACCUGCCAAUUGUGAACCAAUGCACUCUGGGCCGGUGCAUGGGACGGUCGUCGAUGUCAUGGAUGGCCAGAUAGACAUUGCGGACUGGGAAUGCGAAAUGAUGAACGAUUACCCCAAAGACACCAUGAACAGAUUCAACCUCUCGAGAACUUCCAUCAUCAACACUGUCAGUGGCCAUCAAUGGGUGGAGGAUUCAAGAUCGCCACCUAAAGAACAGGCCCUACGAGAUGCCAACCACUUCCUGCUUAUCAUGGCCCAAUAUGUUCCCGUCGUCCACCACUCGAGCUUUGUGGACCUGGUUCAUAGGUUCUACGAUGUUCCCAAUUCCUUGACACCGGCCGAGCGCGUUCAGGUGUACAUGUUGUUUGCCAUCAUCAUGCACCAAACAGCAGUUCGAAAUCAUUUGCACUCGGCGGGAAGGUUCGAGGACUCCCAUCGGUACUUCCAUGUCGCCCUUGGACAUUAUCGCGAAUUGUUCCACGAUCGAUCUCUUGCUUCUAUGCAAGCAAUGGCAUUGAUCUGCAUUCAUCUUCGAACUCUGCCCAAGCCUGGUAUAUCUUGGAUUUAUUGCCACAAGAUCCUUGUCCGCGCGAUCGAGUUGGAAUACCAUCGAGAUCCGGACAAGAUCCGGCUGCCCGAGACGGAGAAGGAUCCAUUAUCAAAACAGCUUCGAAUACGAGUCUUCCAUGCCAUUCUGGGCAUCUGUGUGACCACGGGCUGUAGGGUUGGUCUACCUGCCCCUUGGCAAUUCCAACACAUGGACGUGCCUCUUCCGAAGGCGAUCAAAGACUCGGAGAUCUCCAGACAUGGCAUUGCGUCUGAGCUGUCAGGCUCAUGCGACUUUUGGCCAUGCUUGCAUCUUGCGAAAUUACUGCCGCUGCUGACAGAGCUUCACAACAACAUUGUGUCGGUAAGAAAGCCUGCCACAGAAUACUUGCAGACCGUGGAAGCUCUCAACACCAAGAUCCUAGCAUGGCGGCAAGACUGGGAAGACUCGAUCAAGUUCGAAGCCAAGCAAGUGAAUCUACAUGUUGCCGGUCUACUCAUCGAGACCUGGACCGCCGAGUAUCAAUUGAAUCUCUUUCAUCCUGUAUGUUGUACAAGUGAUGACCCAGAGGUUCAUGAACGACAUCUAGAUAUUUGCCACAAGGCUGCCAAGCGUCUUCUACAGGCUUUUCAUACGCUUUCCAGCCGGUACAAGGGUGUGGACUUUACCUGGCAUUCAACCCUUGCCUAUGCAGCUGCCUUCGGAAUCACGUUAUUUGUUUACAGAAGAAACACCUUGCCCGUCACAUUGGAGCAGUUUGAAGCUGUGCGGAAUGAACUGAAAGGCUGGAUAUCGCUGAUGGCUUAUGCUGAUCUUGUUUUGAGAACCGGAAAUCACCUUCAGCGCCAAUUUCAGCCUCGAGUGCAGUCUCUCGAGGAUCAAUACCGCCGACUCAUUAUUGACGACAAGGCUUCGGUCAUGCAACCGGCAUUCAAUGCCGUCAACGGUUCAAAUGCUUCCCACUUCAAGCCUGUGCAGCCUGAGACUGAGCCACUUUUUGCAUACCUCGAUCCACAUGUUACUCCUGCUCUACGAAAGAACAGUCUCCCACCACCGACAUUUGCACAAAGCCAGAUGCCUGCCCCAGUGCCGCAACAGUGGCCAUCACCAUUCUCGAUCCUACCCCAGCCGAACACGCAGCCCCAAGCUUCAUCGCCAUUAUUUUCAACCUUCUCGCAAUCGCCGAGUGUAGCUUUGACGACCGCACCGAUGCAAACGAUACCCACCUCGUUGGCAUCCUUGCUCAAUGAUGCCAGCAACAUAUAUGUCAGCUAUCCCACACCUCCGCAGUCCCAGAAUGGGUUGAAUGGAGAUUCGUACAUGUCUUUCCAGCCCAACCAUUACUUUGAUGGACCUGGACCUUUGACUUGGCCGUUGAUUUCUAUGCCGCCUGGUACGCAGUCAUAGGGGUAUCACAGGCCAGUUUUCGUUUGUGUGGACUGACGACAAAGGUCCUAGAGGACCUAUUUAUCCAUCAUAAUUGAUUUACACUCACACCUUGUCUGCUUGUAAAGAUGUCCAUACCCAGACUUGAACCUUCGCAAAACUUUCAUAUAAUUACUUUUAUAUACCCAUGGACAACGAUAGGAAUGUAGGAAUGACAUUGGACGAGCAUGACUUGAAAUUUCGAACAUUACUUUCUAAAC